AUGUGGCCGAAAAGCCGCCGUACAGUUAUGUCGCACUUAUCGCGAUGGCAAUUGAAGCGGCUCCAGAAAAAAACGGCUCACUCUCAACCAAAUUUACAAGGUAAGUUAUUUUUAAUUAAAUCGAAGUAAUCAAAAAAGAGCUGUACUCAACUCAAUUUAACGGCUAUAACCCUGUAACCCUAGCAAGCAUAAAAAGGCUCAAAAGUCCCUCAGUUCCUUCAUCUUUAUUCAGUGAAAAUCCUAAGGUCCUGUCAAUUUUGGGCUUGUAAAAAAGAGACAAGUUGACCAUAGCCCCAUUAACAAAGUAGUGUGGGGAAUGAUGAGGUAAAUGAUCUACGAUAAAAAAAAACAAAAAAAAAGUUAAAUUUUCAAGUGAUUCCUUAAAAAAAAGCUAGCGGGCUCAAAAAUCAUAGGUGUGGUUAUUAAAGGAGCAUAGGCCACCAUUAUAAAGUUUUUCGAAGCGAACAGAUCUUUUCAGUGCUAUUUUUGGUCAUGCUGCGCCUAAAAAAGACUCUCUUCUCAACUACCGUACCCAUCUUACAGUAGCUCCUUGAUCGCUCAGAACAGACUAAGGGUAGUGAUUUAUAAAAUGGAUCAAGUUAUCAAAAAAACUGUGACCUUUCUCAUCAGCUACCGUAACCCUCUUCCUAUCCCUCAAAUGCUCAAAAAGGCGCCUAUGACUUCUCAAAACAUUCCUCUUCAAUUUCAAAACAUUUUCCUUUUCAAUCUAAUUUUAGUUCAUCGACGCCAAAUUCCCGUAUUAUCGAGACGCGGACCCGAAAAGACGGCAGGGAUGGCAGAAUAGCAUACGGCACAACUUGUCGCUCAAUGAUUGUUUUGUUAAGAAGGUUUCCCAUUCCUUACUGAUAUUUAUAACAAGGAAGGUCAUUCAACUUUGCCGGUUGGGAUGCUCUUGGAAAUUGAUCAGGAUACUCCUUGAGGUACCAAAAGGAGAUCCUGGAAGUCUCAACAUGCACAAUUUUCUAGUUUUUGAGAAAGCGCAACCCUCAGAAGCUGCCUUUAAAAGUUUUCAAGCCCUUAUUUCUCGAAAACUGGGAAAUUUUACAGGUUGAGACUUUCAGAAUAUUCAUCUGGUACACCAAGAAGUGUCCUGGUCAAUUUUCAAAAAAUUCCUAGCCGUAAAUUAAAAAAUAACCUACCUUCUAGCUACCAGUUAUUAGUAUUGUUUCUACUUUCAAUUUUUCGAUUUUUUUUUUUCUGACUCCAGGCCCGAGACGGUCAAAGUCACGCCAACGACCGCAAAGGCAACUACUGGAUGAUGGUUCCAGAGUGUCAGCCAAUGUUCGACAAUGGGAAUUACAAGAGAAGGUCAGUUUUUCAACCAAAAGCCAUGGAAAACUGUAAAAAUUACUCCCCACGCAUCCGAUUAAUAUCAUCAAUCUACCGCUUUUCAAGAACUUGAACAAGGGCAGGUAACUUCAGUCUCGCCAAAAGAGGACCAUCAACCUUAUCAUAAUUUCCAGAAAUACACUGAAGUAUGAACAGUAGAAGGCUUCACAGAAAUUACAGGCGGAUAAAGCGUCUUCCAACCUAUCACCACAGUCAACCAGCAGCUCAGACCGUAGAGCCGACAGUUCCUCUAGCCUGCCUGAGAAGCUUCCAUUGGCCUCCAAUGGAUCCGAUGAGCUUCUUAAGGGUAUGUUCAUAUCUUAUUUAGCUCAGAGGUUAAAAGAAUUUUUAAAAAAUUCAUAAGAGCCAUUUUACGCAUUUUUUUUAAUAUUAUAUCCUACGCUUCGAAAAACCACAAAAAAAAUUCUAGGUAGGCCAUUCCACUCUGUGGUUGGUAAUGUUCUGAAAAAUUGGCAUAACAUCCUUUGUAGUACCAAAUUAAGGUCCAGAUAGUCUCAACAAGCCCAGCUUUUGAUAGACAAGUGCUCAAAGCCCUAAUAAGGCCUAUUCCACCGCAAGGUUCAACCUUUCUUGUCAGAGUCCAGUUAUCACACUUCCGAUUACCGUUAAAAUCCAACCCAAAGUUCCCUCAACAACCAAAACAUUUUCAAUCUGACAUAUCAUCCUUUCAGUUCCCCUAUCAUCUACCGCAAGCCACCGAUCUCCAACAAGGGACCAUGUUCGACACGACAACUCCCCAAAUGGCGCCAAGUUUGACCUACAGCGGAUUCUUUCCAUCUGUAGCCACCUCGAGCACUAUUAAGAGCGUCAUCAGUGAGCCCGAGGUCAGUAAUUUACAGGGAAAACUUACAGAAUAGACUAUCUAGAAAGUUCAGUUCUAAGAGACCAGUGAAACAAUAUCGACUAUUAAGAUCCGUAAUACAAAACGAAGUUGAUUAUAAGACCUAUCAGGAAAUUUUAGUUCUUACAACUCCGUUAAAAAAUGGGAACACUAAUUGAACUUGAGCAUAAGCUCUCCAGUUUGAAUUUUUCUCGCUCAACGACUAUGAAUAAGAUCUUCAAAGUUCGCAGACGUCUUUACCUAAGCUGAAUUGUCAGUUCUCAUCUAAAAAUAGGCUACCUAGGUCCGAAAAUGACUAGAACAAAUGAACCAGAAAAAACUGGAAAACCAGCAGAACAUGAAGACGACUCUUCAGUGAACUCAGCGGACGUUUCUGAGGCUUUGUAGUGAUCCCUUUAGGCGUUCAGCACUUAAGUGUCCACUUGAAGAGCUCAGAAACGUCCAGGGCUCGUCGGGUUCGCGUUGACUUUUUCUCGCCCAACCAUUAUGAAUCUUAUAUUAAAAACUCCAGACGUAGUACCAUAGCCUUCCUGAAGCUUUUUUCUCAUACUACCGGCAAAAAAAGACAGAUAGAAAAACUGAAUAAUUUUCAGCCGGAACCAAAAGAGCUUGUGACUGAAAUGAAGCCAGUUCAAAUCAAUGCAAGAUUGCCCGACGAUGGACCUUCGUACAUUACGGCGGUUUCACCGAAGAACGAAGUGGUGAGUGAUUAGGAAAAACGCUAUUCCCAAAGGAAGUGUCAGUCUUUCUCCCUUCAAAAAAGACUCUUUCUUGCCCCUUUUCCUCUGUUUUUUCUACAAAAUCGAGUAUUUUCAAGACGGAAGAGCAACCAAUCAGUCACCAACUACCUCUCUACCCCAACAGUUUGAUGCCUUCCUACAGUUGGCACGGGUUACCGCCGUUCAGCUUCACCGACGAGCCCGUCUACUAUACCGGUGUUUGA